AUGAUCAUCGACGGAAUAAAGUGCAGAAGCCGUUGCCCGGCAUCGUUGGAAGUUUAUCAACGGCACCGCCAUACAGCAGCGUCAACACACGAUCAACAUCAUCGCAGUGGUGGGGUGAGGCUGGGAGCCCAGCCCACCAAGAAAACUCCCGAUUCCAAGUGGAAAGAGACCUCCCUACGUGCAAUGGCAUCAAGGCCCCACUGUGUGCCUUUGGGGAAAGAAGCAUUUUUGCAUCUUGGAGAAUCGCUUGGUGAGCGUUGUGGCAGGGGUUGGCGGAAAACAUCACAUUUGCGGCUUCCAGAGGAGCAAACGGCCGGCGGUUGUCUUUUGGCGGGCGGGGUCUAG